ACCGGAGCCGGGACCGGGCAGCGGACGCGGUCCAGCCGAGAGCCGAAGAUGGCAGUGAAUGUGUACUCAACGUCGGUCACCAGGGAUAACCGCAGUCGACAUGACAUGCUGGCCUGGAUCAAUGAGUCUCUGCAGUUGAAUCUGACAGAGAUUGAACAGCUGUGCUCAGGGGCUGCCUAUUGUCAGUUUAUGGACAUGCUGUUCCCUGGCUCCAUUGCCUUGAAGGAAGUGAAAUUCCAAGCUAAGCUAGAACAUGGAUACAUCCAGAACUUCAAAAUACUACAAGCAGGUUUUAAGAGGAUGGGUGUUGACAAAAUAAUUCCUGUGGACAAAUUAGUAAAAGGAAAGUUUCAGGACAAUUUUGAAUUCGUUCAGUGGUUCAAGAAGUUUUUUGAUGCAAACUAUGAUGGGAAAGACUAUGACCCUGUAGCUGCCAGACAAGGUCAAGAAACUGCGGUGGCCCCCUGCCUUGUUGCUCCAGCUCUGAACAAACCGAAGAAACCUCUCAGCUCUAGCAGUGCAGCUCCACAGAGGCCCAUUGCAACACACAGAACUACUGCAACCCCUAAGGCUGGCCCGGGCGUGAUGCCGAAGAAUCCUGGUGUGGGGAACGGGGAUGACGAAGCAGCCGAAUUGAUGCAGCAGGUCAACGUAUUGAAACUUACCAUCAAAGACUUGGAGAAAGAGUUCUACUUUGGAAAGCUAAGGAACAUUGAAUUGAUUUGCCAGGAGAACGAGGGGGAAAACAACCCUGUAUUGCAGAGGAUUGUGGAUAUUCUCUAUGCCACAGAUGAAGGCUUCGUGAUACCUGAUGAAGGGGGCCCGCAGGAGGAACAAGAAGAGUAUCAACAGCCUGGACCAGCCGAGCAUCAUCCGAAUUCUUCACUCCAAAGCAUUUUGCUGCUUAGCGUGGAAGUUCAGCAGGCAGGUGAUCAUGCUGCAAGUUCUUUCUGGACUUCUGGCAAAGGGAGUGAUCAGUGAAGGAAGGCCACUGCUACCUUGGGAUCUGCAAGGCUGGGUGUUUUCGGUACCCGCUGUCCACAGCCCUCCACUGUU